UUUAUUGAUCAAACAGCAUUCAGUAGGAAAUUUUCAAUAAAAAUAGAAAAUGAGAGAAAUUGUUCAUCUUCAAGCGGGGCAAUGCGGCAAUCAGAUAGGAUCAAAGUUUUGGGAAGUAAUAUCCGAUGAGCAUGGCAUAGAUUCAACGGGAGUAUACCAUGGUGAUUCAGAUCUUCAAUUAGAACGGAUCAAUGUUUAUUAUAACGAAGUGACAACGGCAAAAUAUGUCCCACGAGCUGUUUUGGUAGACUUGGAACCAGGAACUAUGGAUUCAGUCAGAGCUGGACCAUUUGGCCAGAUUUUUAGACCAGAUAAUUUUGUGUUUGGUCAUAGUGGUGCUGGAAACAACUGGGCUAAAGGUCACUACACGGAAGGAGCUGAGCUUGUAGAUCAAGUGUUGGACGUGGUGAGGAGAGAAGCAGAAGGAUGCGAUUGUCUACAGGGUUUUCAAUUAACUCACUCUCUUGGUGGUGGUACUGGUUCUGGCAUGGGCACUUUAUUAAUCAGCAAAAUAAGAGAGGAAUAUCCCGAUCGGAUAAUGAACACUUUUUCCGUAGUUCCAUCUCCUAAGGUUUCUGAUACAGUGGUUGAACCAUAUAACGCUACGCUCUCGGUACACCAGCUCGUUGAAAAUACCGACGAAACGUAUUGCAUUGACAAUGAAGCUUUGUAUGAUAUAUGUUUUAGAACACUUAAACUCACAACACCAACGUACGGAGAUUUAAAUCAUCUGGUUUCAGCUACAAUGUCCGGAGUUACAACUUGUUUGCGUUUUCCUGGUCAGUUAAAUGCCGACCUACGAAAGUUGGCAGUCAACAUGGUUCCUUUUCCACGUUUGCAUUUCUUUAUGCCUGGUUUUGCACCACUUACUUCUCGUGGCUGCCAACAAUAUCGGGCUCUAACUGUACCAGAACUGACCCAACAAAUGUUUGAUGCGAAGAACAUGAUGGCAGCUUGCGAUCCACGUCACGGAAGAUAUCUCACUGUGGCAGCAAUUUUCAGAGGCAAAAUGUCAAUGAAAGAAGUAGAUGAACAGAUGUUGAACGUGCAAAAUAAAAACAGCAGUUAUUUCGUCGAAUGGAUUCCGAACAACGUGAAAACAGCUGUAUGUGACAUUCCACCUCGCGGACUUAAAAUGGCAUCGACAUUUAUUGGGAAUUCCACGGCUAUUCAGGAACUGUUCAAGCGCAUUUCCGAACAGUUUACUGCCAUGUUCCGUCGAAAAGCAUUCUUGCAUUGGUACACAGGCGAAGGAAUGGAUGAGAUGGAAUUCACGGAAGCUGAAUCGAAUAUGAAUGAUUUGGUUUCUGAAUACCAGCAAUAUCAAGAAGCGACAACUGAAGAGCAAGGGGAGUUCGAAGGAACUGAAGAGGAGCCGACUGGGACUGAAGCUAGUUAAACUAUUCAACAUUCGGGCACUGCGAUUUUUCAUGAAUUCAUUAUAGGCUUAAGGCUUUAAAAUAAAUUUUGAAAUAAACAUCAAUUUUCCACGCAAGAAAGUGCUUAAGUUUUCUUGAAGUUAAAUGUAUUCAAUUUAUAACUAUUUUGUAAUUGCUAUACUUAGCCAUUUUUUUACACAAGUAAUUUACAUUGUCCUAUCUUCUGCAUUUCGGCUUACGUUAUAUUAUAAAGUUCAGCAAGAAUUUGAUCACUUAAUAUAGAAAUUUUGAAUUAUCUAGACAAUCUACUUUAAAAGAAAUUUAGUUUUCGAUUAUUUUUUUCGAUUAAAUUAUAAUUUUGCGUGGAAGAGAAUGAAUUGCUAAAAUUUUCGUUCGUGGCAUCUAUAAAAUAUAGACGUGGACUUAACGAGGUGACGGUACAAUUAUUAGAAAUUAUUAAGCUACUUUUAUUUAAAUAAAAUAAUUUUUCAUUCAAA